AUGGCUCCCGGAUCAGUGCGCGAAAUUGUCCACCUCCAGACCGGUCAGUGUGGUAACCAGAUUGGUGCCAAGUUCUGGGAAGUCGUUUCGGAAGAGCACGGUAUCCAGGCCGACGGUUCGUACAAGGGUACCUCGGACCUCCAGCUCGAGCGCAUCAAUGUCUACUACAACGAGGCCGCUGCUGGCAAGUAUGUGCCCCGUGCUGUCCUCAUUGAUCUCGAGCCCGGAACCAUGGACUCGAUCCGUGGUGGUCCUUUGGGAAGCCUGUUCAGGCCGGACAACUUCGUUUUCGGCCAGAGCGGUGCCGGAAACAACUGGGCGAAGGGACACUACACUGAGGGUGCCGAGCUUGUCGACUCUGUCCUUGAUGUCGUUCGUCGCGAAGCCGAGGGCUGCGACUGCCUCCAGGGUUUCCAGAUUACCCACUCGCUCGGUGGUGGUACCGGUGCCGGUAUGGGUACGCUCUUGAUCUCCAAGAUCCGUGAAGAGUUCCCGGACCGGAUGAUGUGCACCUUCUCUGUUGUCCCGUCGCCAAAGGUCUCCGACACUGUUGUUGAGCCCUACAACGCCACUCUCUCGGUGCACCAGCUCGUUGAGAACUCGGACGAGACCUUCUGUAUCGACAACGAGGCCCUCUACGACAUCUGCUUCCGUACCCUCAAGCUCUCCACCCCGACCUACGGUGACCUCAACCACCUCGUCUCGGUCGUCAUGUCGGGUGUCACCACCUGUCUCCGAUUCCCCGGUCAGCUCAACUCGGAUCUCCGAAAGCUCGCCGUCAACAUGGUCCCCUUCCCCCGUCUCCACUUCUUCAUGGUCGGCUUUGCGCCUCUCACGGCCCGCGGGUCGGCAUCGUACCGCGCCAUCACGGUUCCGGAGCUCACCCAGCAAAUGUUUGACGCCAAGAACAUGAUGGCUGCUUCAGACCCCCGUCACGGCCGAUACCUCACUGUCAACUGUAUCUACCGUGGAAAGGUGUCGAUGAAGGAGGUCGAGGAGCAGAUCCAGAAUGUCCAGACCAAGAACUCGAGCUACUUUGUCGAGUGGAUUCCCGGAAACAUCUCCGCCGCCCAGUGCGACGUCCCUCCUCGCGGUCUCAAGAUGUCCGCCACCUUCAUCUGCAACUCCACCUCCAUCCAGACCCUCUUCAAGCGUAUCGGCGACCAGUUCUCGGCCAUGUACCGCCGCAAAGCCUUUGUGCACUGGUACACUGGCGAGGGAAUGGACGAGCUCGAAUUCUCCGAAGCCGAGUCCAACUUGCAGGACCUGGUGUCCGAGUACAUGCAGUACCAAGAAGCCGGGACCGACGAGGAGGCGUACGAGGACGAGAUGCCCGUCGGCGAGGAGGAGGAGCAAUAG